AUGUUUGACAAGCUCAAGAACAAGCUCUCGUCGGACCUCCCGGCGGUCCCCGCCCCGUCGCAAGUAGACCGCAGAACAGUUUACCUAUACCGUCACAACUUUGGCGUGAACUUCGGCUCCGUGUUUGUGCUCGAGAAGUACAUCUUCGACAGUCCCUUUGGCAACACCGAGUACGAACUGGACGCUGUGAAGAUGAACGUGCAGCAGAAGGGCGUCGAGGAGACACGGAAGCUUUUUGAAGCCCAUUGGACCCGCUACUGCACGGACAACGACUGGAAGUGGCUCAAGGCCAAGGGCGUGCAGUCUGUCCGGCUACCAAUCGGCUACUGGGCAGUCGACCCUCGACAAUUCAACAGCGGCACGUCGUUCGACUCUGUGAGUGCAGUCUACCAAAACGCCUGGACAAUCUACAAACAGUACAUCCGGAAGGCCGCCGACCACAACAUUUCCGUCGUUGUGGAUCUGCAUGCUCUGCCGAAGGGAGCCAACACCGGAGGACACUCCGGAGAGCGUUUUGAGAGGGCAGGGUUCUGGGGCAGUGCCAAGGCCGUCGACAAGGCCGUUGCGAUUGUCAGGUUCAUAGCUUCCGACCUGGCCUCCUUUGAAAACGUGUGUGCUCUGCAGGUGGUGAACGAGUCUGAUUUUGACGAGGCCAUGGGCCAGAAAAAAUAUUACUUCGAGGCCAUCCGAGCCGUCCGCUCUGUCAACCCCGACAUCCCCGUUGUCAUCAGCGACGGCUGGUGGCCGGACCAAUGGGUGAAGUUUGUGAACGGCCACACCAAGCCCGGCACAGAUCCCGGGAUCGUUAUCGACCACCAUGUGUACAGAUGUUUCAGCGACGAGGACAAAAAUAAGGGGGUGGACCAGAUCAUCAACGACCUGUCCGGUUCGGUGCUCACCAAUCUCUCUGGUCCGGCAGACUUUAUGAUAGGCGAGUAUUCGUGUGUACUGGACAAUUCGUCGUGGUGCAAGGGACGCUUCGACAGAGAGGCCUGUGUGCGUCGCUUUGGCAAUGAGCAGGCACGGCUGUUCAGAGAACGUGCCGGUUUUGGCUUCUAUUUCUGGACGUUCAAGUUUGAGCACGGAGAGGGCGGCGAGUGGGGGUUCAGGCCGAUGGUGGAGGCCGGGUGCAUCCCGUCGCGGAGCUCGGAGCCGCAGAUUCCGUCGGAGGACGAGAAAAACAGGCGGCUCGGCGAGAACCUCAGGGCGCACGAGGAGUACUGGAACCGGCAGAAUCCAAACGAGAAGUACGAGCACUGGCGGUACAGAGAAGGUUUCGAGACGGCCUGGGGCGACAGCGUGGAGUUUGCGAAGUUCGACAACUCCCGGAUCGGCCGCAGAGCAGCGUGGAAGUCGCUCAGACGGCAGCAGCACGCUGCCUCACGCGGAAACAGCAACUUUAUCUGGGAAUGGGAGCAGGGUUUCGACAAAGGUCUGGAGUGUUUUGGCUACUGA